UUAAUUUUUGUUAAUUUAAUGUAGGUUUACUUUGACUACAUGAGAAGCUUUCGUGUAGAAUUUGAUGAAUUCUUUGAGGACGGUGUUAUUUCUGAGAUUGAAAUUGGUCUGGGACCAUGUGGGGAGUUACGAUAUCCAUCUUAUCCUGCUAAACAUGGUUGGAGAUAUUCUGGUAUUGGUGAAUUUCAGUGCUAUGAUAAGUACUUGAUGAAGAGCUUGGAGAAGGCAGCAGAAGUUAGGGGCCACGCCUUUUGGGGUAGAGGACCCGAUAAUGCAGGUUCCUAUAAUGAUAAACCACAUGAAACAAGGUUCUUUUGUGAUGGAGGUGAUUAUGAUAGCUAUUAUGGAAGAUUUUUCUUAAACUGGUACUCUCGAGUUCUAGUUGAUCAUGGGGAUCGGGUACUUGCCCUAGCAAAUUUGGCCUUUGAAGGUACUCCAGUUGCUGCUAAGUUAUCAGGUAUCCACUGGUGGUACAAGACAGCAAGCCAUGCUGCUGAGCUAACUGCAGGCUUCUAUAAUCCUUGCAAUCGUGAUGGCUACGCUCCAAUUGCAUCAAUGUUAAAGAAGCAUGAGGCUGCUCUAAACUUUACUUGUGUUGAGUUGCGUACACUCGAUCAGUAUGAGGACUUUCCAGAGGCACUAGCAGAUCCUGAGGGGUUAGUUUGGCAGGUGCUGAAUGCUGCAUGGGAUGUUAGCAUACCAGUUGCCAGCGAGAAUGCCCUUCCUUGUUAUGACAGAGAAGGCUAUAACAAGAUACUAGAAAAUGCCAAGCCUUUCAAUGAUCCAGAUGGAAGACAUUUAUCGGCCUUUACAUACCUUAGGCUCAGUCCAGACCUCAUGGAGAGAUGCAACUUCAUAGAGUUUGAACGUUUUGUUCGAAGAAUGCACGGGGAAGCCAUUUCAGACUUGGACGAGUUGUGUCAGAAUAAGGAUACUGGAAAUUUAGCAGACAACAUGUAACUGGAAUUCUAUGAUAGAGAAUAGGAGAAGCAAUGAGAACAUUGUCUUUGUUACAUGAGCACGCAAUAAAAGAGGCAUCAAAAUCGAUUCAACUCUUUUUACUGUGGGAUGAAUAUUGAUGGAUUUAAAGCUCUGUAGAAAUGCUGGAAAUCUCACGAAUCUACGGACCCUUACCAUCCUGGAUGUACGUCACCAGAGUAAUGUUUCAUUAUAAAAGCUUUGCCAGAUUUUUCGGCAAGGGAAAGGAACCCGUCUCAUGGUUGAUCUCUUCGUUACCCGAAUGCUUCCAAGUAAGUUAGCCUGUUUGUAAUCGAUUUGGUGACUACAUGAAGUUAAACAUUGCCUAAUCUGUAUACAAUGCUCCAUUUUGAAUGCAAGGGGUGAAAUAUGAUGAUCCAAUUUGAAACUAAAUUGAAGUUUA